AGACAGUCCUUGCUAAAUUCUUGCCUGAUAAAUUGCCCUUCGAAGAAGCUGUUUUGGUUUAUUUUUGACAAUUUUCAAUGAAAACAACCCAGAAAUUAUUUGAUAUUGAGAUACAAACAGAUGCGUUGGACAUUUAAAUACAGUAGUCCUAUUGCAUUUCUGCAGAAAACUUCACAACGGGUGGUUAGACAAUAACAAUUGUGAAAGAUCUACGACGUCACACAUCAACUGGGAGCAGAAAGGGUGCGAACAAAUCCCCUUAGAAAGCAAGGCGGCAGGUUGGCAGCUGAAGUGCACCAGCAGUUUCUCCAGAUUUCCACUGGAUAGCUAUGUUUACUUGACUGCGCGGGUGAGUCUGGGAGCGCAGUCGCUCGUCCAUGUGAUUGGAUUCCACCUUACCUUCACUUGGUCGGAAGAAACGUAGGAACGCGGAAUAAGAUUGAUUGUAUCGGUGAGGCUGUCAGAAUUGAUCAUAUUGAUUAUAAACGGUCAACACUACAUAACCAAUUCGCGUUAGCCACUCGAGAUUUGACUGCAACUUUCUGCGGCAUUCUUUGACCUCCAAGAAGAUUGCUCUGCGACGGACAGGAUAUAUUGAUGGAACGUUAGUUUACAUCACUCAGAAUAACGCAGCCGAGGACUGACUUUUUUCUGGACAUUUUAUGCGUGCCAUAAAGCUAGACAUCCUCUAUUUAGUAUAGCAAAUUCGCACAAUCACGUCUCUUGAACGGGCCGGCAAGUAUUUUGGAUAACCGUUUCUCUUGUGUAGGCAUAUCAAACAGAAGUCAAGACGAAAUCGUUCAAGAAUCCUUGCGCCGGCCGUCAGUGCGCGCGUGCUUUUGGAAACAUGGGUUGCACAUUAAGUGCAGAAGACAAAGCUGCUGUGGAGAGAUCAAAGAUGAUUGAUAAAAAUCUCCGCGAGGAUGGAGAGAAGGCAGCAAGGGAGGUAAAACUGCUCUUACUAGGUGCGGGGGAGUCGGGGAAGAGCACCAUUGUCAAGCAGAUGAAGAUCAUCCAUGAGGAUGGCUACUCAGAAGAUGAGUGUAAGCAGUACAUAGCUGUGGUCUACAGCAACACCAUCCAGUCCAUCAUGGCUAUCAUCAAGGCUAUGGGCAACCUCAAGAUCGACUACACAGAAGCCGCCAGAGAGGAUGACGCCCGCCAGCUCUUUGCCCUGUCGGCUGCUGCUGAGGAGCAGGGCAUCCUGCCCGAUGACCUGUCCAAAGUGAUCCGUCGCCUGUGGUCCGACAGCGGGGUGCAGAGCUGCUUCACACGCUCCAGAGAAUACCAGCUCAAUGACUCAGCCGCAUACUACCUGAAUGAAAUGGAGAGGAUAGCCAAAUCAGACUACAUCCCCACACAGCAGGACGUGCUGCGGACCAGAGUCAAGACCACUGGCAUCGUGGAGACACACUUCACCUUCAAAGACUUGCACUUCAAGAUGUUUGACGUGGGCGGCCAACGCUCAGAGAGGAAGAAGUGGAUCCAUUGUUUUGAAGGAGUCACAUCCAUUAUCUUCUGUGUUGCGCUGAGUGCUUAUGACCUGGUGCUGGCUGAGGAUGAGGAGAUGAACCGGAUGCAUGAGAGCAUGAAGCUGUUUGACUCCAUCUGCAACAACAAGUGGUUCACAGAGACCUCCAUCAUCCUCUUCCUCAACAAGAAGGAUCUGUUUGAGGAGAAGAUUACAGGCAGCCCCCUGGCUAUCUGCUACCCCGAGUACACAGGAGCCAACAAAUACGACGAGGCAGCGAGUUACAUCCAGACUAAGUUUGAGGACCUGAACAAGAAGAAGGACACAAAGGAGAUCUACACCCACUUCACCUGCGCCACCGACACUAAGAACGUCCAGUUUGUCUUUGACGCCGUCACCGACGUCAUCAUCAAGAACAACCUGAAGGACUGUGGUCUCUUCUAGAGGCGGGGCCAGGGGAGGCGGGGCCAGAGGAGGAGCUAAGGAGUGCUUGUACAAUGAGUCUGCUGCCUGGGGGGAUAGAGUGGACAGACACACCACCGUCACAGACAGACUGUACCGGCCUUGCAAGCUCCUGCUUUUCUAUAUGGGGGAAAAAAAACAUAACAAACUGAGAAGUUGGGAGAAACAGCCUUGCAGAAUUAUUCCAAUGAUCACUUAUUCUCAACUGUCAUGUCCAUCCUCUCCCUCUUGUGUACGUUUGUUUAUUUUCGUUGCAUGUUAGAUAUUUAAUUUGAUUAGGGGUCUCUUUUUUUUCUUCUUCUGCCAAGUCUGAAUUUGAUCUCAGAUGUAAAUCUUUUUUUUUCUUCUCUUUUCUUUGUUGUUUUAUAAGUAUUAUCCGAGGUUAGAAAAAUAGAGGAAACAACUUUUAUAUACUUUACAUUCACUUUACUUUAACAGAUGUCGGCAUUUUAUGAAACUUUCAAUUGCAUAAAGCUUUUUUUUGUUGUUGGAGGGAAACAAGUAUGGAGAGAGAACAUGAGUUGAGAGGAACACGUUUUUUUGCUAAUAUUUACAUGACAUACUAACGUUGUAUGCUGUAUCAUAUCACUUAUUAUCGUUAUUACACAUGACUGUCCGUAGACGAUCAUAGCUGUAGUUCUUUAGUCGCCACAAUGUAACAUUCCUUCCAAAACAAUUACAACGAGUAAAGAAAAAAGUAUCAAUUUGAAGAUUUAAAAACCUUCAAGUUAAAAAAAAAAAAAAACGAUAUUGAAUACGUAUGUUCCUAACAUUGGCAUAUUUUGUUUUCAUCCCAGGUCUUUUCUCAGUAUGUUUGUGCCUUGAUGUAUGUUUACACCUGUUACAUCUAGAGACUUGCUUUCUCCAUAGUGUGAAUUAGGGCUAUUUCUACUCCCAUACUAUUCACUUGGCGGAUAAAGAGGAAACAUAAUAUAUCACAGUGAUGAGAAAGAAAUGAACAAUGAUAGUGUUUUGGUAAAUAUUUCAAAUGCUUUGAAAGCCCUACUUUUGUUUCAUUUAAAUAAAGUUUGGAUCACCUCAA